CAAGGAAUAGAAAUAAGUAUUGUAAAAAAAGAUUAGAGAAAAGCGAAAAAUCAUUUGAAGGGAACGGUAAAAUUUUGAAUUUCAACGAUGGCAUAUAGGGGCAGACCGGGCAAUUGAGCCGAUUUUACAACAACAGUGAUAACAAAAUGGGUCAAACAAGAUAGUGAAGCUUCACAUGGCAGAUGUUCUCUCUUCUUCCUCCAAUUUUUGACUUUGCUGAGUGCUGAUGCAUUAGCUCUUCUCUCUCUCUCCUUUCUGUUUUCUCAAUCUAAAUCAGGUCUUUUAGUUAAAAUUUUUGUCCUCAGAAACAGUUCCCUGGAAUCUUCGGUUCCACCCCUCACCCCACACAAAACACAAAGUUCAAAUCUAUCUAUACCUUCUUGUCUUCUAUAUCCAACCUGUCUCUAACAAAAGUAAUUUGCACUGAAAACUUGGAUCUUCAUUCUCUAACAAGCUGCAAACUUUCUUUGUGGAAACCAUAAAAGAAUCGAAAUUUUGAUGAAAUGAAAAACACCCACAUGUUAAAACUAGUUCUUGCAUUAUCUUCAGCAGCUUUCUUGUUCAUCCUCCUACUUUUCAUUUUCUUUUACCGCAAGAGGUCAGCAAGAAAUGACCAGCUGGAUGACAUAGAAAGCAAAGAGCAGAAGCAUGAAGAUGAGUCAGAAAUAGAGGACUUGAUCACUUUUACCGGUGAACAAGACCUCACCAUCUGUGACAUUCUCGAUGCCCCUGGUGAAGUGAUUGGGAAAUCCAACUAUGGAACCUUGUACAAGGCCUUGUUGCAGAAGAGCAACAUGGUCAGAUUGCUUCGUUUUUUGAGGCCAGUGUGUGCCUUGAAAGGUGGAGAGUUUGGUGAUGUGGUUCAGCUGUUGGGCUGCAUUAGACAUCCCAAUUUGGUGCCUCUUUUGGGAUUUUAUGCUGGGCCUAGAGGAGAGAAGCUUCUUGUUCAUCCUUUUUAUAGACAUGGGAAUCUGGCUCAGUUAAUCAGAGAUGGAAAUGGGGAGUCUCAUAAGUGGACUGUAAUUUAUAGGAUUUCCAUUGGAAUGGCCAGAGGAUUAAAUCAUCUGCACACAGGAUUGCAAAAGCCAAUAGUCCAUGGAAAUCUUAAGUCUAAGAACAUACUUUUGGAUCUCAAUUACCAGCCAUAUCUCUCGGAUUUUGGCCUAUAUCUACUCUUGAAUCCUACCUCUGGCCAAGAAAUGCUUGAAGCUUCAGCAACUGAGGGCUAUAAAGCUCCUGAGCUCAUCAAAUUGAGGGAUGCAAGUGAAGAAACUGAUAUAUACAGCCUUGGGGUGAUCUUUCUUGAACUACUUUCAGGAAAGGAACCAAUAAAUGAAAAGCCAACACCUGAUGAGGAUUUUUAUCUGCCAAACUUUAUGCGAAAUGCAGUUCUUGAUCAUAGAAUUAGUGAUAUGUAUCAUCCAGACAUACUUCUGAGGAACAGUAAUGAUCAGGGAAAUCCGGUUACUGAAGAAUCCAUUCUUAAAUUCUUUCAGCUUGCCAUGGCUUGUUGUUCUCCUUGUCCUUCUCUUAGACCCAAUAGCAGACAAGUACUUUUGAAGCUUGAAGAAAUUGGAAAGUAAGAGACACAAAGGCACAUAAACUUGAAGCAAAUGUUAUGUCACCCCUAGUAUCGGGAUAGUUGGAUCUCUAUGGAUUUUUGGCUAACUUCCCUUAAUCAUCAAGUGAAGAUAUUUCAGCUUGUAGAAGUGAUGCCUGGAGCUACAGAAAUAUUGGAAUGAAGGUAGGUGCUCGUCAAUUACUACAGGUGAUUUCUGGUCAGUCCCCAUGCUCUGCAGGUCAGUUUCCAACCUUUCCAAGAAUGAUGGUUGGCAUAAAUUUUUAAUCCCAUCAUGUUUGGUGGCUUGUUCAUUCUUUGGACACCUACAGGAUUGUCAUUGUGAUAGUUGAUCAGAUUUUCUCUGUUUUUUUUUUUUCUUUAAUAUAUGUUCUCAUUGAUAAACUCAUAUUUCAAUUGUAUA